AGUCGCCAUAUUAUAUUGUUUGUCAUCCAAUAGAAAUCGAAGGGAAUGGAAGUGAAGUCUUGUGUGCACCUUUUCCAUUCGAGAUUAGCCUAUAUAUUCAGUGUCUAUAUGUGUACAUACAUAUAUGUAGAUGCACAUAGAGACAAGCCCUGUACGCAAGCGGGUAAGAUUUCAUUGAAUCCAUUGGCGACAGGGAGAGAAAGACUGGGAUUCGUAAGGAUAGAAAGGAAGGAAGAAGAGAGAUACAUAAAGAGAGAGAGAGAGAGAGAGAGAGAGAGAGAGAGAGAGAGAGAGAGAGAAAGAAAGGAAGUCAAGUUGAAAAGGAAGGGAGGGGUGGAGCAUUAGAAAGAUGUUCGAAUGCCAGGAUGCUGAAUAAGAGGAUUCGUGCACUAGGGCGGUACCGUCGUCGCUGCUAAACAUUGUAAAAAACGUGCUAAGCAUGAGCCAGGGCGUCCGUACGUGAGCGUCGGUUUAAUAUCCUCGUGGCCCAAGGGAAAAAAAGACGCCAGCCGCGUUCUAGGACGCAUCACCACGCACCAUUCGUUCACGAGCGAGCGCCCUGGCAAUGUCGGGAAGUGACAGCCCAACGUUCUUCCACGGACAGCCCUGGUCCAGCUGGAUCGAACGCAUUGGACGGGAUAAGCCCUUGAGUGAUGAUGAACCCGAAGGUGAACCUUCCAGCUCUGUCACACGUCUGUCCUCUGAUGAUAUCGACCUUUAUGGCUUCUGCCCAGAACGUGAUGCAUUUUAUGGAGUUGUGUGUGAGAUUUGCAAUGCCAUAGUAAAACCACAAGCUCUCAUACAGCAUAUGGAAAGUAGACAUCCGUCAGGCACAGUGAAUCUACCUCCACCAGCAAAUCCAGUUGUGAAGCCACCAGUAAAAACGCCAUACUGUAAAGUUUCUAAGUUAAAGAAAGCACAAACGACACCUCAGCUACCAUCAAGCAGCAAAACAAAUCAUUCGUCCGUAAAACGCACAGCAGACCAAGCAAAUUUACAGACGACACUUUCGAUCUCUUCACCAUGUUCACCCAUGGAGGCAAUUCCCGUUCAGGCUGCAGUGAUGUCCUCGAGUCCUGUCAAAAGUCCAGGAACAAGUGGACAGCCGCGGAGGAAGAGGCUCAAAACGGAUCGCUCUCUUCUCAAAGAUCGGGAAUACGAUCCAGACAGACACUGCGGAGUCUGGAACGACGAAACAGGGAAGCCCUGUACAAGGUCCCUCACCUGCAAGGCACACACGGUCUCGUUGCGGAGGACGGUCUCCGGUAGGAGUAAAACCUUCGACAAGCUCCUCGCGGAACACCGGGCCGCGAAGGAGCUCCCGAGUAGGCCGGCGAAAGUCACGGUUACUGGAACAGUAACCCUCUCAUCAGGAAACAUUAAUCCUCUUGGUCCGAAUACUCCUCUGUCGAACAACGAAUCGGAUGCGCCCAGUUCGCCUCCAGUUCUAUCAUUACCUGACACUUACCCACUGCCAAAGGCAGUUGAUUUACUUUAUCGGUGUCUGGCCCCGCAUGGCUCCGCUAAACCUACGAAACUGGAGGACGAUUUCGCUGAUGAGGAACUCUCUCUAGAGACAAGUCUGGCAAAUGCAGCAGCAGCAGCAGCUGUAGCAGCAUCAUCCGCAAGUUCUAUAACGACUCCAAUAUCAGUGGUACUGCCAUCAUUGUCGCCAAUACCAGGCAGUGCUGAAGGUUCACCAGUGGCUACCUUGAUACCGGCCGCUGUUUCACCGGUAAUUCCAGUAGUAGCUGCACCCUUACCGACUAAGCAGCCAGUGAUCACGACUGUCCUCGAAGGAGAGACACCUAUAGAAAUUGACCCGGAAACCAUGAACAUAUACUCUCCUGUCUCGGUCUAUAAGGAUGCCAAGUCACAGAUCGUCGUGCAGCUUCCACGUGGUGCAAAUUCCCUGCAGUCACCAAGCGCGACCAGAAGCUUUCAGGCAUCCUCCAUGCCAAGUCUAGCCAUCUUUGAUUCGGAUCAGUUGGAACAAACAGCCGGACAGCUAUCAAAUGGCAAGAGGAUCCAGAAUCACUCGAGUCCUCAUCGUCAGAGCAAGAGGAACAAGCAUGAUUACCAACAGGAAUACUCAACGACAGCGAUUCAAGUCGAAGCCACCACUACUUCUACUCCAUAUCCUCACUUCAGCGACAUCUCCUGGUCGAACUGCCAUCCUGAACCGCUCGCUGUCACUCGCUGGCUGCGCAUCACAUCCAGCCGUAAGCAAUAUAAUUUUAAUAUUCACUGACACAAGAUCCUACCCACUCCGGGCUAAGGGCUUAGUCGCCAUCACUGAUAUCUACCUCUGAUUAAUCUAACUCUUCUUCCACUGAUUGUUAACUGGUUUGUCUUGUUCUUUUAUUCUUUAUUUUAUUUUUAUUUUUAUUUAAAAAUUUCUUUAUUUUUUAAACAUACGAUUUCGUACGGGUCAUUGUCUCCUUUACUGAUAAACGUAUCAUUCGAAUUCUUUUUUUCCUCUUCCCGUUUCUCGUAAUUAUUCAAAUACAUUCCGUCGGUCCAGCUUAUAUUUAAUUUAUCACUCGAUACGCAUCAGAAUGUUAUUUUAUUUUAAUUUUAUUUUUUAAAAUACCGGCGAUAUCCUCGUAAGCAAUACGAAAUUUUGCUUAGGAGUUGUGGAUCCUGCGUUGAACCUGUUAUACGCUUCGUUUUUAUAUAUUACGUAAUACUAGAUACAUAGUCGUAUACAUUGUAAUACCUAAUGUAAUUUCCUUUAGAUAUAAUUGUACAUGGUUCACAUGCUACGCCGACGAGUCCGGUACAAAAAUUCAAGGAGCGAGUCUUUCUCGUGGACUAGACUAUUAAUUAGAAUACCAGAGAAUGAGAAAAAGAGAGAAAGACAACAAAAAAGAUGUAUAUAAAUCUAGUAUCAAUUACAACUUAUAAUGUUCGAUUCGCAUACUAUGCAAUUGAUUGAUCAAACGCCUGAUUGAUUGAUUGAUUGAUUGAUUGUUCAUUCGUCACAUUGUAGAUAAUUUACUUGUAGCUUUAACGCGAUAGAACAUGUCGCCACCUUUCUCUUUUAAAUGUACAUAAUUAAUUUAGAUAAUCAAACAGUUGGCUAUUAAUUACUAGAUCUUUGCUUUUUAGAACACUUAUCAAGAAACACCGAUCCGGAUUGGUGGAUUUUUGUGUACAUAUAUUUUAAUUGAACAAUUAAUAUCCCUCUAUGUGGCAAUCACACAAAUGAAUUAGGAGAGUUCAGGGAAAAGGAGAAAAAUCGCUCUCAAUGUAAUGAUGAUCCCAGAUAUAAAUUCUGAUACAUUGUUUAAUUACCUUCAUCAUUGAAAAUUUUCAUGGGAAUUUAAUCUUUUUUGUUUUUCUCGAUUCUCUUAAUAUCCUACAAGAUAUUUUCGACCUAUCUCCAUCAAUAGGACUUACAUGGGUACUCAUUCUUAAUCAUUUCAUAUAAUUACUCAUAGGAGAGUAAUGAAUUGAUUCGCAAAAUAUUUUUUAUUGCAUUAUCUGAUAAGUACGACUUGAAAGCUUUUAAUUGUGUUCACUAGCUUUGUACUGACUGCCUCGUUGAAUUUUAAGGUCGUACCCCAAUGUCACUAACUAUUACUGACCACGUGUAUCACGUGCUGAUACCCCACCACGUGCUACUACUUCACUAGCCAGCAGUGCAGACAGUUAAGAGCUCGUUGGCAUCAUUAACUUUCGAGCAUUAAUAGCGAUAAGAGAACGAUCUACCCAAAUCGAGAGUCCGACUCGUCGGCUACUUAAUCAACACUCAAGCGUAAUUAAAGCUUAAUUACUCGUAUAAAAUGAUCUGGGGUAGAAGAAAUGAUUAAGGGUAAAAAAGAAAUUGUACAAUAUCGGAAGCUAUAAUUGAGUCUUGGUUGAAUAUUUCUUGUUACAAGUGAUGUUCCGUUCCUUGCAUGGAUGUGUUUAUUCGUCAAGGCGGAUAUGCACAAUGGAUUGUGAAAAUGAAAUGAAAACAAAAAAAGAGAAUUAUUUCUAUUUCGAGUUCACAAUCGGCAUGCAACGUAGAAUGUUUUAUUAUAAUCAAACUUUAUCGAAGACUGCUACGUAUAUAAUGAGUUAUUAGUGUCGAGCGAAUGAUAAUUCUGAGAACGAGUGAUAAAGAGAGAGCAAGAAAAUUAAGACAUUGCGUGUGAUUAGAAAACGCGUGUACGUAAAUUCGUACGGUAGAUAUAUUCGAAGCGAUUAUCGUGCUUUCGAAGUAAAGCGAAAGAAAAUAAAAGAAAGAUGUGUAAAAAUGUCUGAACUCGUGUACGCCAGUCACAUUUAUGAUGGCUGGCUUAUAGACACUUAUAUCAUAGAUAUUGUGAUAUUUAACUGGUAAUAAAGUACCUAGGUACUCGUCGGGCCCCGUGUGUGGUUUAGGCUCGGCGAGAAAGAGCGUAAAGCGAAAACAAAAGAGAGAGGAAAGGGUAAAAAGAAAGAGUGAAUGGAAGUCUGGUGAAAGAAAAAAGAAAGAAAGAAAGAAAAAUAAUACGGCAGCUUACCUCUGGCCGCUUCAUUACUUAAAUAUUACUUUCAUUCGUUGAUUCAUACAGUUUUUUUCCAUUCGCUUCUUAACUAUUCAUUCUUCAAGAGACCGGCAGAAAAUAUACUCCGGUGUAGCUGAAUGAAUGAUCGUUCCAUUUGGCAGCUUUCUUCUUUUGACUCGUUAUGUGUUUCUACGUGUAUGAUGUACGAAACGUUGUGUACUUGGUAUGUGUGUACAUAGGUGUUUCAUCAGGUACCUUAACGAUCGAAUUUUGAAUUUUUAUUUCAUCUUGAUCAUUUAAGAAAAAUUAUUUGUCAAUGUCUUUACAGUAACGUGGAACGCUCCGUGUUCUUGUUUUAAUCUUUUCUUUUCUCUUUUUAAUUGUGUUCUUUAAACAAACAAAAAAUAAUGGAUAACGAAGAAAGAAUACAGAAAUGGUCCCGCGCCUCUAGCACGAUUAGAUUUUAUUAUUUUAUACGCUUAUUUAUUGCAUCCUCUUUUAUUUUUAUACUUACCUUUUAUUAUUUAUAACGUCGAUGGCGCGUGUUCCUCAUUUCUCGUCUCACUUGGCCGCCACUUUGCUACCGGAACAUUGCUUCGUUGUACUUUCUAACUGUAAAUUAUCUGUACACCAAAUAGUAUGUAUACUACUUAAGAGUAAUUUGCUCAGAGAGCGCGAACAGACUCAACACUACUUGUGUUGUUGUUGUUGUUGUGUCAUUGUUGAAGCUCGCGUUUACGAAUAAUUUGUGUGGGUUACCAGAAUGUAUGAAAGAGAGAUUAAACGAGAGAAUGACAAGACAAAUAAUAAAAAGAAUACGUACGUGAGAUUAAAUAAAAGAAAUUGAAGUAUUACUCGCUGGAUGAUUUGUGGUGAAUUAUAUU